AGGUGGUGGCCGGGGCCACGCCCCGGGCGAGAGGGCCGCUCUGUGCGCGCCCGCUCUAUGAUGCUUGCGCGCGUCCCCCGCGCGCCGCGCCGCGGGCGGGGCGGGUCUCCGGGAUUCCAAGGGCUCAGUUACGGAAGAAGCGCAGCGCCGGCUGGGGAGGGGGCUGGAUGCGCGCGCACCCGGGGGGAGGCCGCUGCUGCCCGGAGCAGGAGGAGGGGGAGAGCGCGGCGGGCGGCAGCGGCGCUGGCGGCGACUCCGCCAUAGAGCAGGGGGGCCAGGGCAGCGCGCUCGCCCCGUCCCCGGUGAGCGGCGUGCGCAGGGAAGGCGCUCGGGGCGGCGGCCGUGGCCGGGGGCGGUGGAAGCAGGCGGGCCGGGGCGGCGGCGUCUGUGGCCGUGGCCGUGGCCGGGGCCGUGGCCGGGGACGGGGCCGGGGCCGGGGCCGGGGCCGCGGCCGUCCCCCAAGUGGCGGCAGCGGCCUUGGCGGCGACGGCGGCGGCGGCGGCUGCGGCAGCGGCAGCUGUGGCGGCGGCGCCCCCCGGCGGGAGCCGGUCCCUUUCCCGUCGGGGAGCGCGGGGCCGGGGCCCAGGGGACCCCGGGCCACGGAGAGCGGGAAGAGGAUGGACUGCCCGGCCCUCCCCCCCGGAUGGAAGAAGGAGGAAGUGAUCCGAAAAUCUGGGCUCAGUGCCGGCAAGAGCGAUGUCUACUACUUCAGUCCAAAUGGUAAGAAGUUCAGAAGCAAACCUCAGUUGGCAAGGUACCUGGGAAAUGCUGUUGAUCUCAGCAGUUUUGACUUCAGAACUGGAAAGAUGAUGCCUAGUAAAUUACAGAAGAACAAACAGAGACUGCGGAAUGAUCCUCUCAAUCAAAAUAAGGGUAAACCAGACUUGAAUACAACAUUGCCAAUUAGACAAACAGCAUCAAUUUUUAAACAACCAGUAACCAAAGUCACAAAUCAUCCUAGUAAUAAAGUGAAAUCAGACCCACAACGAAUGAAUGAACAACCACGCCAGCUUUUCUGGGAGAAGAGGCUACAAGGACUUAGUGCAUCAGAUGUAACAGAACAAAUUAUAAAAACCAUGGAACUACCUAAAGGUCUUCAAGGUGUUGGUCCAGGUAGCAAUGAUGAGACCCUGUUAUCUGCUGUGGCCAGUGCUUUGCACACAAGCUCUGCACCAAUCACAGGGCAAGUCUCCGCCGCUGUGGAAAAGAACCCCGCUGUUUGGCUUAAUACAUCUCAACCCCUCUGCAAAGCUUUCAUUGUCACAGAUGAAGACAUUAGGAAACAGGAAGAGCGAGUACAACAAGUUCGUAAGAAAUUGGAAGAAGCGCUGAUGGCAGACAUCUUGUCACGAGCUGCUGAUACAGAAGAGAUGGAUAUUGAAAUGGACAGUGGAGAUGAAGCAUAAGAAUAUGAUCAGUUUUAAUAUGAAUGGAUUAGGAGUACCAAAUAAAUUUCCCAAUUAAAGAUUAUUGUGAACUUCACUGUAUAUAAACAGAUUUUUAUACUUCUAUUGAAAGAGGACACCUGUACAUUCUUCCAUCAUCACUGUAAAGACAAAUAAAUGAUUAUAUUCACAGACUGAUUGGAAUUCUUUCUGUUAAAGAGCACACACAAUAAAAACCCCUCCUUAGAAUCCCUGAUUUACAUUCAACUUUUAUCCUGGGCCUUCGGUUUGCAAUGGAAGUGGUGGAAAAUAGUUCAUACAUUGCCAGUAUGCCUCCAGAUAUCAUGUGACUUGUGCUGCUUUCACCAGAAUUUCUAAGCUGUCAUCUAGCAUGUGUAAUUUUUUUGCCUUUGCCUUGACUAGUACUUUUGAAAGUUCUACAAAAAUAAGCUUUUUUCAUCCUUUGAACAUGAGUCAGGUACACAAGAACAUUUGGAUGCCACUAGAAGUCAAAGUUUGUUGCUUUUUCUAGAACCUUUGCACUUUCUAAUGUUCACUAGCUUACCAAGUUAACAGGUUUAGGCCAGACCCUUUGCCACAGAGAGAAGCAGCUUCUAGCCAGAGUUGCUUGGUGAAUCAGAUUACCCUACUUUACUAAUUAGUACCUGGCCUCCACUCCAAGUAUUAACAUUUUUUUUCUGUUGAAACUCAUAUGUAUAACUUUCAUAACCACUUAAAUUCCUUGGUAUUUAAUUACUAAAACUGGCAUAACAUUGUUAAAUGAUUUUUUUUUUUUUAAAUCAAAACAUACUUAAAAGUAAUCUGAUGCCAAGGAAGGGAGGGUAUGGUUCUAAGCAAAUUUUGAGAAAAAGAGCAAAAGUAAUGUCUAUUAGAAGGGUUUAUUUCUCUUUAACUCCAUGUUCUUUUAAAAUUAGACUAGAAAAAUGUGGUCAGGGUGUGGCCAAAUCCACAUCAGUGUCCCUGCACAUUUAUUACCUCUAAUUCCAAUACCCUUCUGGUUCCCAAGGAAGGGAAAGAAUGGGGGAAAUAGUCAAAGCAAUAUGACUGGCUUGGUUUGGCUGCUGUCUGGACCUUUAUCCCAAACUACAUAAACAGUCCCUUCUUGGGAUUCCUGACUUAAAUUAAACUUUGAUUGCUGGGCCUUAGGCCACCAAUUUCCUAGAAGCAGACCUGCUGGAGGAUGAGCAGGGGCACUUGCAGAUUCUUGUAAUCUUAUUGGGAGAGGGCAUCUGCUCUAGGCCAUCAGACUGUCCCAGUUGGAGUGGGGGUAGGAGACCAAUACUGAUUUCUUUUUAAAAGCUGGUAAGACUCAUUAGAAUGGCUGUCCAAAGGCUUUUCGCAUUCUCCCCCAAAUCAUGACCGUUACAAAUUUUCAUUUGUAAUCAGGCUGGAGUAACUUACCUUGGUGAUCAUAUAUUCAUUUUACUUAACAAUCCAACCAAUAUAUGUGUGCUCAUAUUGACAUCUUUGGUAAAAGCAAAGAUACAAUGUACACACAUCAAAACUUUUAUUUUUUUUCUUUAUAUGUUUUACUCAGGUAGAGAACAAAGUAUGAAAGCCAUUCCAUGGUGUCCAACUGGGGACCAUGCCUCAAGUCCACGGUCUUCCCAAUAUACUCCCAGGACAGGGUGUCCCAAAUUAAAUUCAUCAUCUUAUCCCUAUAAACCUGCCACCAUCUUGCAUUCCCUAACUGGUAAAGACAAAUUACCAACUCAUUAAUUGCCCAAUGCAGAAGGCCGGAAGUCAUCCCAAAUGCUGCCCAUUCCCUUGUUUCCAACAUCCCAUCAAUCCUGUUAGAACUAUUAACUGCACUUCUCAAAUGUAUAAUUCUCCUCCAUUCCCACACUCUCUACCCUCAUGCAAAUCCCCUUUCCUCUCCUCUGGACUUUCAGUGGCUUCCUCAUUGGGUCCCUUUUCCUACUUGUCUAUUGUCCCCUUUUCCUUCACCUCUUCUCUCCAUCCCUCCUUUAUUCUUCCCUGUGUAGCCAUCAGAGGGAUCCUCAAAACAAGCAAAUGUGACCUUAUUUCCCUGCCCCCGAUUCCUCCCCUAUCUUUAUAUGUUGUUUAGAAUAAUUUUUAAGAGCAAGCACUUUGAAAUUAGGAGAACCUGGGUUUGAAUCCUGGUUUUGCCAUUUGUGUAACUUGUCAGGUUACUUUAUCUUUGAGCCUGUUCCUCCUCAGUGAAAUAGAAAUACUACUACCUCAUAGGGUUGUUAUGAGGCUUAAACGAGAUACCAUCUGUAAAGCGCCUGGCACUGCACCUGGUGCAGAGUGAGUGCUCCGUUUUGCGGCACGUUAUUGUUACCCCCGCAGUGUCAAUUUUACAACACUUCCAAGAGGUAUUUGCUGAUAACUCUAACCCUCCAACACUUAAUUUUCUCUCACAGCACCCUGUGUAUUUCCUUCUUGCAAUUUUCAAAGUCUGUAUUUUAUUUAUGUGUUGACUUUUGGUCUCUCUUCAUUAGAAUGUAAGCUCCUUGAGAGCAAGGAUGUGUCCAUCUUGUUCCCUGUUACAGCCCCAGUGCUUAGCCCAGUGUCUGGGGCACAGGAGGCACUCAAUAAUGUUUGUUGUGUAAAUGGAAGACUGAUCAAAAGGUUGUUUGUGAUCUGAUACCUGCCCAUUUGUCUAGCUUCAUUCUGCCACUGUCUCUAUUGCACCUUCAGCUCAAGAAAAAUCACAUUAUUGCUCCGUUGAAGUGUCCGUUGGGCCUCUAUGUCUUUGCACACGCUGUUCUCUUUGCCUGCCUAACUACAUGGCAAAUUCCUGAUCAUUGGUCAAGUCUCAGCUCAAUGGCUAUCUCCUCUGUGAAGGUGUCCCUGAUUUCUCUAGGCAGAUGUUCUUUUUCCCUCUUCUGAGUUCUUGCUGCACUUUGUAAAUACCUCUAUCGAAGCACUUUACUGUAUUGUAUUGUAUAAUUUUUUGCAUGUCUGUUUCUACUGUUAGACUAUAAGCACCGUGAAAGCAGAGAUUGCAUCUUUUAUCCUCAUAUCCUCAAUGCCUAGCACAGUGUCUGGCACAUAAUAGCUUGUCAAUAAAUAUUGAAUGAAUUUGUGAAUGAACAAAAAGAGUUAUGCAGUUGGAAAAGUGUUGCAAGAUGUAUGCAUUAUUAAGAAAGGGAAUGCCCUGGUGGUUUCCAGGGUAUUUUUGUUGUUGUUCCAGAGAGAUCUAGAAAGUAUUCUGUAAUCUCUUUCAAUAUAAGAUUACUUGUUUGGAUUUUUAAAAUAAAGUUGGAUAAUAUAGACCUUCAAAAAUGGUUGCAAAGGAUAUGAAAAAGCUUUGUGAUCUCUCAAAUGCUACCAAGUCCAAAAUAAAUAUUUGCACUAUUAGUAUUUCCAUAGUAAAUGCUAUGAAAAAUAUGUACAGCAAUAAAUUUUGAAGCUUUAAA